GUCAAUGGUGACAUUUUGGAAAAUUAAAACAAUAUUUUGGAGAAACGGACAAUACAAUAAAUAUCGAGAACGAGACCGGCGGCCCCCUUCGUACAAGUACUGUUCGUCGACGUUCAUCGGCGAUCCUGUCUGAACUAUUUCGCCGGUCCUCGAAGGCCACUCUGUCACUCGUCGACGAUGGCGGACGAUUCAACUAACUCCUUCGCGUCGUCCCCAGAAGAUCGUUUAAAAGCCCUAAUUUCUUGUCCUUCUGCGAGUGCCAAAUCCGGUGACGAAAACGAAUUACCUGAAGGUGGAUUUGAAGAAAAUCACCUGCUGAUUGACGAUAAUCCUUCUUCUAUCUGUGUAAUUUGCUUUUCGGAUGAUGGAAAAGCGGAGAGAGGCAAGCUUGAUUCCUGUGACCAUUAUUUUUGCUUCGUCUGCAUUAUGGAGUGGGCGAGGAUUGAAUCUAGAUGCCCUGCUUGUAAGGGGAGGUUUACUGUUGUUCAUAGAAUUGCGAAGGAUCCCUGUCGCCUCCGUGAACGAAUUGUUAAUAUUCCUAUGCGGAAUCAGGACCAGUCGGCUUCUGGAAAUGCUAGGAUUAGGGAUCCAUAUGCAGAGACGUGUUGUACUGUGUGCAAGGGAAUGGAAGACGAAGGUCUCAUGUUACUCUGUGAUCUCUGUGAUUCAGCUGCUCAUACUUUUUGUGUCGGCCUUGGUGCUAAUGUACCCGAAGGUGAUUGGUUUUGCCAUGACUGCACCAUCUCCAGAGCUCAACACACCGAUACUAAAUUGGAUACUAGUUUCAACAAUCAAAAUCAAACAACUACGGUUGAACCACGCAUUGCUAUUUCUGAUAUAGUAAAAGAAUCAAGUUCCCAAACAGUUGGCAUAACUCGCAGAGGAGCUCUUUUACAUUCAAAUCGUGAGUCACCUUCUAUUGUCCCCAGUUCGAGAAGCAGUGUGGCCCAGAAAUCUUUGCCUAGUCGUGGUGGUAAAGCUGCAGGAACAGGUGCAAGAACAAGUGCAAGAACAUUACAUCGAUGUCGCAACAUCCAUAGCUAUAUAAGGGCUUUACGUGAUAACUGGGAUGCUGUACGAAGGGGUUCGCUGAAGUUUCCUGCUAGCAGCUCAUCCACAUAUUGUGGCAACAGUUCCAAACGAGAUACUGGUGGUGCUGAACUAAUAAACAAGCAAACAGAUCAACCUCAAGCCAUUAGCUUGCAGGCAACUGCAUUACCCGAGUGUAAUGGAAACUCUUAUGAUGUCGAGAAGGCAUGGCGAAUGAUGGAAAUUGCAAAGGCAAAGGCUAUACGUGAGGAAGAUCAAACCUUGAGACAUCCUGUUAGUAGACAAAUAACCACAAAAACAAAAGAUUCUCACACAGCUAAAGGUCAACAGUACAAAAUCAAGAAGCCGGAUGAGCCAGCCAAGCAUAAGAAGGAAAUGGGAAAACAAAGAUUGCUCGAGUUGGACAAGCAAUUGUGUCGUCCCGUAGCAAGUAAGAAGAAUAAAGCUUCUGAUGAGUUUUUUCCUACCAAUUCAUCCAGUAAUGGAGAAUUUCCCUUGGGUAAAAUGGUCCAGACUUAUGGAGGUGAUUUCCACUGUGAAAAUAGAAGAAAGCCAUCAAACAAAAUAGUGGAUGAAGUUUCAUCAUCCUCCACAAUGACACAAGCCUCGGAUAAACACCAUCCCGCUCGUGAGGCUGGCAACGAUGACGAUGGGAAAAGUGAGAUACGAACGCUGGUCAAAAUCAAUCUAAAACUCCUAAGCCAAGGCAAAAAUUUGGGAUAUGAAAGGUACAAGGAAGUGUCAAGGCUAGCAACACACGCAAUCAUGGCAAGAUGUGGUUUAGAACCCCCACCAAAACCGACCAAACAAUACGUAUCGUGCUCGGUUUGCAGACACACAGAAGAAGAAAUCCGGAAGCUUCACAGGUCAACCCUGAUGCCGGAUUCUUGCAGAAAAUGCUUCAUGGGGUUUGUGAAAGAUGUUGUUAAUGCCAUUAUGUUAGAAAAACUAAUGGUGGGUUCCUCUUCUUAGGCUGUAAAGAAACUAACAAAUAAUGUGUAUUACUAGACAGAAUAGAGAAGCAGAGAGUUGAAGAAGAAGAAGAAGAAGCGGGGACCAAAAUGGAAGGGGUGAUGUGAAAGGGCUUUUUGUGGACGCUCUGUGAAAGCACUCAGAAAAGCUGUUACGACAAGAUCACGUGACUUUCGAGAACGUCAGCAGAAGAUGAAGAUGGACAUGGACAUCGUAAAUAAUUAUUACUUGAUCAAUAGCUAUUAGUUUUGUAUUUCAUUGAUGAAAGAGGCAGUAUGUUUUGUGAGUUUAAUAGAAUUUUGGUGGUUCAAUUUUGGAAAAA